AAGCAACCCCCAAUAUCAAAUCUUUCUCCUAUCUAAAUCACUAUGCAUUUCAUUUCACAAUGCUUCUCCAGGAGAUAAGAUUCAUCGCUCGUUUCUCCCAAAUCUGAUUCACCACCCAUUUUUCUAGGGGCGGCGCGUCAUUUGCGCUACCCAAUUUUGUUGUCUCUUUACAUAUCACGGGAUCCAGAUGGGUCAGUCUCCGUCGAUCCACCACCAAUCGUCGCCGGGUGGGUCUACUAACGGUGGCCGUGGUUGUUAUCUCAAGGCUUUUGGUAGCUACCGCCGAUCAAUGUCUAAUCCAUCGCAUCCGGCGCGCUUGGUUGAAGAUGGUGCCUCAAAUUCCGAGGAUAGUUUUGGAAGAUACGACUACAGCGAUGACAUUCCUGACGAAUGUUUAGCUUUAAUUUUUCAAUUCCUAAGCGCAGGUGACCGGAACAGCUGCUCUCUCGUCUGCCGGAGGUGGCUCGCCGUGGAAGGAACGAGUCGCCACCGCCUCUCUCUCAAUGCCAAAUCCGAUAUCCUCUCGCAUGUUCCUGUUAUCUUCUCGCGAUUCAAUUCUGUCACCAAACUGGCUCUUCGGUGCGACCGGAAAUCCGUAAGCAUAGAUGAUGAAGCUUUGGUCCAAAUCUCCAUCCGCUGCCGUAGCCUCACGCGGCUUAAGCUGCGCGGAUGCCGUGGCGUCACAGAUGUAGGUAUGGCGGCCUUCGCCCAGAAUUGCAAGAGCUUGACGAAGUUUUCCUGUGCGUCUUGCAUGUUUGGCGCUAAAGGUAUGAAUGCUCUGCUCGAUAAUUGCUCUUCCCUUGAGGAACUUUCUGUCAAACGCCUCCGUGGCAUCAAUGAUGGCCUAGCCGCUGAGCCAAUUGGCCCAGGAGCUGCUGCGUUGUCUCUGAAAUCUGUCUGUUUGAAAGAGCUUUACAAUGGACAAUGUUUUGGACCUCUAAUCAAUGGAUCAAAGAAUCUCAGAACUCUCAAGCUAUUGCGAUGUGUGGGGGAUUGGGAUACUGUCUUGGAGACCCUUUCGGGCAGGCAAAAUUGUUUGGUGGAGAUGCAUCUAGAGAGGCUUCAGGUAAGCGAUUUUGGGCUCAGAGCAGUGUCAAAAUGUUUGGAUUUGGAGAUCUUACAUUUGGUUAAGACUCCUGAAUGCACAGAUGAUGGAGUUGUAGCAGUGGCUAAAAGCUGUAAGCUUUUGAGGAAAGUCCACAUCGAUGGAUGGAAGACAAACCGGAUAGGUGAUGAUGGAUUGCUUGCCAUUGCCGAGAACUGUGCAUACCUUAAAGAGCUAGUUGUCAUUGGCUUAAACCCGACCGCCACUAGUCUGUCCGCAAUUGCUUCUAAUUGUCAGCAAUUAGAAAGAUUGGCCCUUUGUGGUAGUGAGACAAUUUCAGACACUGAAAUAUCGUGUAUAGCCCAGAAAAGCAUCUCUCUUAAAAAGCUUUGUAUCAAGGGAUGCGAGGUCAGUGAUGAAGGGAUUUCAGCUUUUGCUUGGGGCUGUCCCAACUUGGUGAAAAUUAAAGUCAAGAAGUGUAAACGUGUGACUGGAGGGUCUGCAGAUUCCCUGAGAGCAAGGAGGCCUUCACUGGCUGUGAAUUUGGAUGUGGAUGGAGUUGAAGUUGGGGAGCGUUUGGGUGGGAGUGCAAGUGAUAGUGGAGCACAAGAUGAAGGUGUGGAGUUCAACUCGGCCGCUGUGACUACAGUGAGCAGUGUUGAUAUGCCUUCUUCAAGCAGUAAUAGUGUUGGUGGUCGAUCAGCUAAGUCAAGGUUUAGCUUUAUUGUUGGUAUAAACCUUAUGCCUUGCACGUUUAGAAGCUGGUCAAAUGGAAGUGGUAGCUCCAAUGAUAGCUAGCUAAUGGCAUUAGUUGUUGUCCUGUUUAAAACUGGUAGAAAUACAGUAAAAAUGAGUUAGAGAGCUGUAUUAAUUAUUGUUCAAAUCUCUCUUAUUUGUCGUAUGAUUGACGUCAUUCAGGAUGACACUGUAUCUUUUUAUUUAAGAAGUUAUUGAAGUUCAAAUAUGAUACCUUUUCCCCA